CCUAUACGAAGUCUCAAUCUUGCGGGAAGGUCUUCGAAGAUGGGUUGUGCGUAGGGUGAACGCUACUGGAGAUGGGGUUUCUGACACUUACUCCCUGUACGCAGAGCUGAUAGCCAAAUGCCCUUUGCUUGAGCUUCCGCCUAUGCUCAUCGGACGCGAGGUCGGCAAAUCAGAGGACGUAGCUUGCAUCUGCCAAUGCUCGAGCCAUCUUCAUGGAGAUGAAGUCGGAAUUCGCAUCCUCUACGAUAUGUAUACGAGCGCACACAAAUAUAUUGGAUAUGCAUUGCGCAGAACCAGGAGCAGGCCGAGCAUCGCCGCCCGUCAUAGCGAAGGUGAUCUCGCGGCGAGAGCGUGUCGUGGGGCGCGAGAGCUUGCUGUACACAGGCAUAAUUCUUUCUGUCAAUGGUUCUGUCA